UUCAUAAGAAACUUUCGUGAAGGUAGUGUCGAGCAAAAGCAAAAAAUGAACUUUUUUCUUCCACACAUCUGCAUUUUUGUAAUUUUAUAUAAAAGUGUAUCCGUAGAUGCUCAAAACCAGUUCCACCCGUUUUUAUUACACUACUCCCACACCACCUCGUAUCACUUUCCACUGGAUAAAAUUCCAUCAAUAAGUGAUGCAAAUAUGAGACCAUUCUGCCCUGCUGAAACAGAUCAAGAUAAAAGUAAUUUGAAUACACUUUCUGCAACUUUCCCUCUAGCGAAGUAUUGUCUAUUUUGGAAAAGAAUUCCAAGAAAUCAGCAGCCAGAACAUUGCACAGCGCAACCUAAACCCGGGCUUGAAUUACAGUACAGCGGUAUAAACUUUGAAAGAUCUACAUGCGGACCGUCGCCAGCGCACAAACAAUACGGAAUAGGAUUUUACUUUUGCGGGAAAUCGAAGCUGUUGGAAGAUUUUCGGGAAAAACCAAAUAAACCAGAUUUGGUCGCAAGAUUUCAACAAGUUUUAGAUUUAAAUGCAUCAGGCCUCAAUGUAUUCCCUCAAUUCCAUAAACUUUAUGAUCUUUGCAUCGAUACAUCGAAUGGAAAAACCAUUUGGACAAAACACGAUAUCAUGACCCCUGGGAUGUUUACCGAUAAUGAAGAAAAAUUACAACGUGAAUCAGGAGGAGAUACAGAAAUCAUUACUGAUCCAAUACUGUUCGAAGCGAAUACUUUUACCAAUUUGAAGCAGAAAUUCCACGCACAAAAUGAGGAAUCAUUCAAAAUGACCGAAAGUUUUAUGGUACCGAGAGAACACAUGGCACUGAGAGUAUGGAGAAAUGCUGUAAAUCAUUUCAUCAACGUGGCUCCUCUAUGGGACAACCUUAAAAAAUUGAUGAUCACUGUUAAUCAAGCGAUUAAAAAAAUAGCCCUUCAAUUGCACACAAAUGGUCAGAAAUUAACUAUUUACACCAAGGCAAUUGAUUUUAAAGACAAAGAUCAAGCAACAAUCCAAGUUAAUAGUCAAUUUUCCAGUACUGUAUGGUAUAAGUUACUUUACGAUGAAAUAAGUAAGACUGCAGCGUUGAUAGUUUUGCAUAACACGCCAGACAUGCCUCCAAAAAUUAAAGUAUGUGAAAUAGAAAUGACCUGUGAUGUAAAGAAAUGGUAUGAAAAAAAACAAGAUGAUGAAGAAGGCAUUUCUGAUGAGGUUUUUGAGUACGUUUAUUGCUGCUAUCCUACUGCUUCAGAGACUCUAAAAUUAUUUGAUUUUGGGCGCUUGAUAAGUGGGCCACUAAACAUUGAUGACUUCUUUUAAAUAUCUGUAGACAAUGUAAUUGCAAUAAAAGAAAUUAUUCAAAACUUUGUAAAAAUGAUGUAAAAAAAAACAAGCAAAAUAUACGUUGCCAAAGCAGCUUAUGAUUAUGAAAUGGUCCAAAUAAAAUUAUUCAAGUACCUACUUUUAAAUAUAAGUUGAAUGUAAACAAUAAACAUGCUCAAUAUUUUUUCAUAAAAACA